AUGCCGCUCGCGCUUUUCCAGCGCAACUUCCCUCGACGUCCACCCGCGGCAAACUUUUUCGCGAUAAAAAGUGCACGCACGGCCCGGCACGGCACGGCAGCUCACCAGUUCACAGUUCACCCUCCCCUGCUGCAAGUGCAAGAGACGCAGGGACGAGCCCCGUGUAGCGAGCGCGAGGGCGAGGCAGCUCUAGUCUCCUCCCGCACGAUGAGCUCCUGGUUCUACAAGCUGCGGCGCAAGAGAGGCGCGACGAUCGCCAGCAGCGAGGCCGACGACGUCGCGGGGUUCACGAAGCCCAUGGCGACGGCGGUGCUGCCGCCCUGCUCCCCGAGCAGGGCGUCCUACUACUUCCCGAGCAGAGACCGCGUCCUCCCGCCGCGCCCGGCCAAGGAGGACAACCCCAAACUCCGGGACACCCACUUCCCGCGCAACCCGCAGCCCAGCGACAUCGUCUUCGACGUCGUCGCUCGCCGCGCCGACCGGUUGGACUGCGUGGACAAGGCGAUGCCCGAGCUCAAGCUGCGGCCCAUCCUCACCAAGCCCGCGGCCAGGGCCGACGGGGGAGAGGCCUCGGACAGCAGCGGCACCAGCGCGGCCGCGUCGCCCACGGCCAGGGUGCGGCGCCGGUUCCACCCGAGGGCGCCGAGUGACAGGCAGAAGAUGGCCACGCUGCCGUCGGAGACCUGCAGGCGAAGGCGGCGGUGGCUGCACGAGAGCCUGGUGGUGGUGAAGGAGUCAGCCGACCCCGAGGAGGACUUCCUGGAGAGCAUAGCGGAGAUGAUCGCCGCGAACGACGUGCGGUCGCCGCGGGGCCUGGAGGAGCUGCUCGCGUGUUACCUCGCGCUCAACGCUGCCGAGCACCACCGCGCCAUCGUCGCCGCUUUCCGGCGUGCGUGGCUGCACUGCGUGCCGCCGCCGCCGAGGGAACGUUGCACGAUUGAUUGA